AGGUAAAGCUUGAUGCUGAAAGGGAAAAGCUAGAGAGGCUUCAGGAGCUGUACUCCGAGCAGAAGACCCAGCUGGACAAUUGUCCUGAGUCCAUGAGGGAGCAGUUACAGCAACAACUCAAGAGGGAUGCCGACCUGCUGGAUGUUGAGAGCAAACACUUUGAAGACUUGGAAUUCCAGCAGCUUGAGCAUGAGAGCCGUCUGGAUGAGGAAAAAGAGAAUUUGACUCAACAGCUCCUGCGGGAAGUGGCAGAAUAUCAGCGGAACAUCGUGGCUAGGAAGGAAAAAAUUUCUGCACUGAAAAAGCAAGCCAGUCACAUCGUUCAGCAGGCACAGAGGGAGCAAGAUCACUUUGUGAAAGAGAAGAACAAUCUAAUCAUGAUGCUCCAAAGAGAAAAAGAGAAUCUUUGUAAUUUGGAAAAGAAGUACUCGAGCCUCACUGGUGGGAAAGGAUUUCCUAUUAACCCCAAUACUCUGAAAGAGGGCUAUAUCAGUGUAAAUGAAAUUAAUGAGUCAUGUGGCAAUUCCACGAAUCUAUCCCCUUCCACUCAGUUCCCUGCUGAUGCUGACGCUGCUGCCACUGAACCUGCCUCUGCUGUGCCGGUGAGCCAGCCCCAGAGUUCAGAGCACUUCAGAAGCCUGGAAGAAAGGAAAAAACAGCACAAAGAAGGCCUCUACCUGAGUGACACUCUGCCUCGAAAGAAAACCACCCCUUCCUUGUCCCCACACUUCAGCAGUGCCACAAUGGGGAGGAGUACCACCCCAAAGGCUCACCUCCCUCUGGGGCAGAGCAAUAGCUGCGGAAGUGUGCUCCCUCACUCGCUGGCAACCAUGACCAAGGACUCUGAGUCUCGGAGGAUGCUCAGAGGUUAUAAUCACCAACAGAUGAGUGAAGGACAAAGACAGAAACCUGAAUUUUACAGCCGCACAGCAUCUGAGUCAAAUGUCUACUUGAAUAGUUUCCAUUACCCAGAUCGCAGCUACAAGGACCAGGCCUACGACACAUUGAGCCUGGACAGCUCUGAUAGCAUGGAGACCAGCAUCUCUGCCUGUUCGCCAGACAAUAUAUCUAGUGCCAGCACAUCCAAUAUAGCCAGAAUAGAAGAAAUGGAGAGACUCUUGAAACAGGCGCACGCGGAGAAGACGCGGCUUCUUGAGUCCAGGGAACGGGAAAUGGAAGCCAGAAAACGAGCUCUGGAAGAAGAAAAACGACGUCGGGAAAUCCUGGAAAAACGGCUGCAAGAAGAAACCAGCCAGAGGCAGAAGUUAAUAGAAAAAGAAGUCAAAAUAAGAGAGAAACAAAGGGCACAGGCUCGUCCUCUGACUCGCUAUCUGCCUGUCCGGAAGGAAGACUUCGAUUUGCGGAGUCACGUGGAGACUGCAGGCCACAAUAUAGACACUUGUUUUCACGUAUCAAUCACAGAGAAGACCUGCCGAGGAUACCUCAUCAAAAUGGGUGGAAAAAUUAAAACGUGGAAAAAACGCUGGUUUGUUUUUGACCGGAAUAAACGAACAUUUUCUUAUUAUGCAGAUAAGCAUGAGGCUAAAUUAAAAGGGGUGAUAUACUUCCAAGCCAUUGAAGAAGUGUAUUAUGAUCACCUCAAGAAUGCUAAUAAGAGUCCUAAUCCACUGCUCACCUUUAGCGUCAAGACCCACGACAGAAUCUAUUACAUGGUGGCCCCUUCCCCGGAGGCCAUGCGGAUCUGGAUGGAUGUCAUAGUGACUGGAGCAGAAGGAUAUACCCACUUCCUGUUGUAGCGAACUUUGGCCUUGGUCCAAUUCAGGGAAGACUGCAAUAGUCUCUUACAAGAAUGAAGCCAUAUCCAGCCUCAGAUGGAAAGGCCUAACAGACCCAUCCCUUUACUGUGUGCACUCAGAACUCUUUUUAUACCGGGGAGCCUUUCAUACAAAAGGAAGCAGGGCUCAUAGUGAUCGAACUGGAGCACCUACGACAAAAAAAAAAAAUACUAUUUUGAUAAAAGCAUCACUUAGAUGCACACUCUUUUUUUAUCAGCUGAUGUUGGUUAAAUGAACUGAACAGUUUACACAAUGUCUGUAAAUAGGUACUUAGAAAUACAAGAUUAUUUUAGCACCCAGCUUAUUGCCCUUGGUGAUCACCUACCCUCUUUGUAGGAAGUAGAAUUUUAUAAAAGUAGACAAAUAAUGACUUAGAAGGCAACAGGUUUUAAACGUUUUGCCUUAGUUUUUAAAUACUGCACCCAAACCAAAGACUUGGCUUGACUCCCGUUUAACAUCAGUGUUGCUCUCUAUAGCAUCUUUAAAAUGGAAUUUUGAUGUUAACUCUGUAAUAUCCACCCCCAACAAGCUAUUGUGCCUAUAUAAUAAACCACUUUCUUUAAAAAAUAAAAACCAAAAAAACUCCGUGUUUUAAGAAAAGGCCAUCUCAGACAACAGACCCCUGCAACAUCAGGCAGUUUGAAUUAAGGAGAAUGUUUAGUGGGGGGAUCGUGUUCUGUUGAAGAUUUGUCCAUUCCUGGUGCUGAGAAUGAAUGCAACCAGCAGCAGGUUUCCUCCAGACUGCUGGAUUCCUCUUGCUUAUGAAGCAAACAUAUUAUCUGCACCCUCGAGUGGCAUCACUAUGAAACUGUCUCUGUUUUGCUGAAAAUCUGAGCAAUUGAAAUAUUUGUCUCAAAAGACAACCAAAAUUCAAAUUAACAUUCUCUAUGCUAUAUCUUUUUUCCACGUACCUUUACAAAUAGCUUUUGUUUUUAGAGCUAAUGUUUGUUGAAUGAAAUGACUUCGGGCAAGUCACCUUUAUAAUCAUUUUUCUCGUGCCAUUUGUGUGUGUGUGCGUUCUAUGCUUGUAAGUAUGAACAAAUUAUUUCCUAAAACAUGCCAAAUGGAUAGAAGUAAAAAACAAUGUUUAGAAAUGUGUCCAUGAAACUGUCAGGCCUGACUGGGUACAAUUUAAAAGAAAAAUAAAACAUACAGUGUAAUUUUAUACCUGUAUACAUGUUACCAAUAAUAGGAUUUUUGCAACUGGAUGAUGCAAGGUUUUACUUGAAUAAUGAGGGACAAAGAUCAUGACUGUAGGAGUUUUGUUUUUUUGUUUUGUUUUGUUUUUUGUUUUUGUUUUUUUGUCUGUGAGUUUUGCAGAGGUUCCCCUUCAAUGUUAAUGAUCUUAAACAUUAAAAUACAAUUGUUAAGAUUUGGUUGCUUGAGGUAAAAAUACAAUUUGUCUGUACUGUACUUUCUUCAUGGGAUUGUAAGGGUGUUCUAAUCAAUGUGCAUGUAAUUAAUCUCUUAGAUAUGUAUGUGUGUUAAAUGUAUGGAGUUUGGAUUAAAGUGCUGACCUGAUUCACA